AUGACUUUUAACUGCAAAGAAAGUAUUUGGAGACAAUAAAGAAAGCAGUAGAUAAGUCCACCAUCACCAUCAUGUCGGAGCAGAACCAGCCAACCGUGGAAGGAGAUCUGCGUUUCCACUCUGAGCUGAAAUGUGGGCAGGAUGUAACGAGAUGUGAGUUUAACAAAGAUGGCUCCCUACUGGCUGUAGGGUUGAGUGAUGGUGCCAUCAAGGUGUACAGUCCGGACACCGGAGACCAGAUCCUUACCCUGAAGGACUCCAGCAGGCUCAGAAUGCCAAUCACUGGUCUGAGGUUCAUCUCCAGCUCAGACUCCCACUGCCUCCUGCUGGCCGCCUAUGCGACAGGCAGUGUGAGGUGCUGGUACCCCUGGGGCGGGGACUGUCUCUGGAACCUCAAGGAGGCCAGUGGCCUGUGGGACCCCGCGGAUGUGGAGAAGGGCUCAAAGUUAGAGACCCUCUGUCUGGCAGUGUCGCCCUCCGGAGAGAGAGCUGCCACGGGCUGCUCCAACUCCACCGUCCACCUUUACGACCUGCGCACGCAUCAGAGCAUCCUCACCUGCAAGGCCAGCUCCUGCAGGACCAUCAUGGAUGGCCACCGUUCACGGGUGUUUGCUGUGACCUUUCACCCCGAGCGGGAGACAGAGUUCAUCUCCGCUGGCUGGGACAACACCAUACAAUUCUGGGACAGCAGGCAAGAGCAGGCCAUUAGGAGGAUCGGGGGUCCACAUGUGUGUGGUGACGCACUUCAUAUUGACGCCUCCAAAAGACAAAUCCUGUCAGGAUCCUGGAGGACCCACGACUCCCUAGAGGUUUGGGACUAUGGCUCAGGUAGGAAGGUGUGUGACGUCUCUCACCCCGUGCAAGACAGUAAGAUCUACUCGUGCCAUUGGUUGGGGGAGGAUCACAUGGUCGCCGGAGGGUGUCAGGCCAACACGCUUUACGUCAUCAGUCGCCACAGCCUCCAGACAGUGGGACAGCUGUGUGGUCUGGACUCUCCCGUCUACUCCACCUCUGUGUGUGCGAGUGGGAAGCGGUCGGGUCUAAUCGCUGGAUCAUCAGGGUCGUCCGUUUACAUUCUAGAUCACCGCAAUUAGAAGGGUUUCCAUGGCAACAUGCAGGUGUUUUUCUACGAGAAAUAAAAAAACUCUGAUCUCUGAAGUGCACUAACAUUUUUAAUUUGGGCUUUGCAUUACAUACCCAACGUUGAGACUAACACUGACACAUGCUCUCACUUAAGCAUAGGUAAAGACACAAACACAUGCACACUCACACACACACACAUUCACACACACACACACACACAGAGUAAAUAAAGUGAAUCUGGGGUUAUGUGUACUUCAAUUUGAUUGGUGCCCGGUUGGCACCAAGCUGAACACAAAGUCCAGGCCCAGUCAACAGCCAGUCUGUAUGUUGCCACUUUAAUGAGAAUAUGACUUUAUAUAAUGUCAUGUAAAGAUAAAAUGUAUAACAUUAUACAACAUCAUUGCCCUGGGUUUCUUCUGAAGUUGUAAUGUUUAGCAAAGUCAUGUUGUUGUAUAUAGUUCAAAUUGUAAUGUUCCAUAUAGUUAAAAGUGUAAUGUUUAACAGAGUCAUAAUGUUGAAUAAAGUUGUAAAGUUUAAUAAAGUUAAAGAUGUUAUGUUCAAACAAUGUCAUAAUGUUUUAUAAAGUGAAAGAUGGACUUUUUUAAAUAAAGUUAAUGUUGAACAAAGCCAUAACGUUGGAUCAAGCUAUACGAAUGUGCCCCAUGUAAUGUAUCCCAGCUGUGUCCGUUUUGUUGGCUUUUCCUUGUGGAAUGUGCUCA